AGAAGACAAGAAACGCUGAGCCAUGACUAAGCCUGUAGUGAACCCCGCCUCAGCUGAUCAUUCCACAUCCAAACUAUCAUCACCCAACAUAUCUACCUGAUUGCUGUUUGUUUCGUCUAUCAGCUAUAAUACCUAUAGGUGGAAAGGUAAAUAAUUCGUUAAAAAGCGCACAUCACUCUGAUAAGACACUAAACCGUCUACUUGAAUGCUCUUAUCUCGGCACUUCUAACCAAUCGUAAUGAUAGAAAGUGAGAUGACAAUAAAGAGGCUCAUUUCUAAAGCGAUAGCAGUCGCAUAUGUUCUGUUGCUGUUAGAGUUGGUUGGCAGCUGCCGUGCUGAAGAAGUUAAAAGCAAAAUGGUAAACGUUCAGUCGGCAUUCUCCGAGCACGAGAUUGUUCCCGAUGUAGUGGAUAAGGCUCCGAAGGAACUAUUGAAGGUUUCCUAUCCCAGCGGUGUAUUCGCCAACGGAGGCGAUGAACUCACGCCGACACAGGUGAAGGAUCAACCGAAACUGGAAUGGUCAGCCGACCCGGAUGCGUUCUACACGGUGUUCAUGGUUGAUCCGGAUGCACCCAGCAGACAGGAUCCCAAGUUCCGGUCCGUUUGCCACUGGUAUGUGGGAAACAUUCCCGGAGACAAGAUCGAGCAAGGGGAUCACCGCAUUGCUUUUAUUGGAUCGGGACCACCGCAGGGCAGUGGGCUACAUCGAUAUGUGUUCCUGGUUUACAAACAGAACGAUGGAAAAGUUGACCUGUCGGAUGCGCCACGUACGUCCAACCGCAGUAGGAACCAUCGGCUGAAAUUCCAGCACAAAGACUUCGUCGAGAAGUACAAUUUGGGUGAACUUGUUGCGGGCAACUUCUAUCGGGCACAGUUCGAUGACUACGUGCCGAUUUUGCAUGCUCAGCUGGCGUCCGGAACCGAGUAGUUGAAAUAUUGCAUUUGUCAUGCUCGAAUACUGAAAUUUAAAAAAUAAAUAAUGUCAAGCUUUGAUUUCUCAUAUCGACGAACCACCAUG